GGUUGUUUGAAAAUUGUUUCGAAAUUACGGCGCGAGCAAGAUAAAAAAAGAGUGGAAUAAGUUUUGAAUAAGGGAUCGCAAAAACAGAUCGCUAGGAGAAUAUUUGUGAUAUUGUAGACUAAGACUAUUAAGCAGCUAUAAAGAUGCCUAGAAGAAGGAAAACAAGGUUGGCCUCUCGAGCAAAGCCACUGCUUCCCGAUGAUGGGGAAUCAAAUAUGGAGGAGGAGGCAAGAGAACAGAAGCUUAGAGUUUAUCUUGAAGGUUUUGACAUUGAAGUUGAGCAACGGAUGCAUGAUAUGAAUGCCAUGUUUGACAGAAUGUGCAAGAACAUCAGGUCGGCUACCUCCUUGUUUUUGAUGAAGAUGCCAAAGGAAACUAAAAACAUGAAACUGAUGGAUUAUUUUGCUCAAGAUGGCUUGGCUCCUGCUGUGAAGGUCAUAGAGCAGAUCUCUAAGAAUGUUGAUGAGAUGAUCAACCUGCCAAAGGCUGUUACUGAUGCCAUAUCAUCAUCAGAAUCUGAAGAUACCGCUGCAACAUCCACGGGUGAAUCAGAUACUAGUGAGGUAGAUGAAAAGCCAAAGAGGUCGACAAGGUCAACAAGAAAAGCUCCUGCAACGCGUAAGAAAGCCAAAGCAACUACUGCAAAGAGGACGUCAGCAAGGAAAAGGACAAGGGCAGCCUUGCAGGAGACUCCUCUUACAAGCAACAAUACACAAUCUGCCUUGCAGACACCAGCCAAUACUAUGUCUCUGUCAUCGAUCAACACUCCUUUCAUCACACCCAAAUUUGACCCAAGCUCCAAGAUGACCCCUGCUACAGUACGUAGAGCUAAGAAGGGAGAGCUCUUGGUGUCUCUCUCUGGAAGCCCUGUUGAAGCUAGGAACUCCCCCAAGGAUCCAGCUCAGUCAGUUGAGAGGCUCAAGGAAAACAUUGAGAAUCUAUUCACCCAGGAUGAUGUUGACAAGAAAAAUAUCCUAAUGCUUCAAGAAACGCUGAGCAGAUUUCUAAAGGAAAAGGACUCUUCGUGAAAAGAUAUCGGAGCUUCAGCCUUCAGCGCCCUGAAGUAUCCUUCACAUGACUAGGGGAGCAUUCCAUGGAACCAAUGAUUGGUGAUUUUCACUGACUGUUGUUAUAAGCUACUGAAAUCCUUGCAUCUGAUUGGCUGAGAGCAAAUUUGUCAGUGAAAAUAAUUGACAAAGCUUUUCAUGAAGCACACCCCAGUUCCUUGAAGAGUGCACCAUCGAUAGAUAUUGCUUUGUCCUGAAACCUGCACACGAGACAACAUGUUUACUUGCUUGACAUUAUUACUGCAAGAUAUGAAGAUAAUAUUGAAAUACUGUGACAUUGAAACAUCAAUGAAUAGAUGCUAUGGGAGUUUGUGGUAUAUCUUGACUUUGUAAAGAAUUCAAGUUUUAAUAUCUUUCAGAUAAGAAAUAUACCUUGAAAUGCUAAAAAAAAAACCUCAGACGUUAUCCCUAUUACCCCAAUCCAACUCACCAGGGUCCCAGGGAAAUUGUUGAUAAAGUGUCACCCCAUCCCAUCUUUUAUUCCCCCCCCCCCCCACUCAACAUGAGUAAACCUUAGCUGAAAAAAGGGAAUAUCUGAACAAUACUUGACAAUGUUUGGCAAUAAUUCAUUAGAGACAAUAUAUCUCCAUACUGUGGUUCCUACUGCUUGGGAUAAUCAUUAACUUGCAGGAUUAUGAUAGAACCACAUGACACAAGAUGAUAGAGACCUUUAUACCAAUUGGGUUGCAUUCAAAUCAUUCAUCUCUUUAGGCACCGAUCACAACUCUUCUAACAGAGGGUAAAGUGAGGGUACGGAAGUGCCACUGACUUGACGAGAUGUGGAGAUAUUUUAUCUUGCCACAUCGGCUUAAUAGCCUUAUUAUGUCGACAUGGCGCGAUAUGUUAUCUUGCCAAUUCAUUUCAAUAGCCUUAUUAUGUUGACAUGGCGAGAUGUGUCAUCUCGCCAUGUCGACUUAUAACUUGUAAAGUUGGUAAGAUACUAGUAACUAUCUCGCCAUGAUAAGUCGACUUGAAAAUAUAAAAUAUCUGGUCAUCUCUUAAAGUCGAUGGUAUAUUAACGCUUCCGUGAGAGGGAGAGACUGGGAAGGAUGAAAACUGGUCUGAUUAUAGCAAUGUAUCGAUACUCAAAUUGCUCAAAUUGAACAGGAAUAUAAGAUUUAAUUUUUUUUCCUUUAUCUUUCAUUCAAUCAUGAAUUACAUCACAAGAUUUUACUAAUCAUAUAAAAAGUAAACCUCUAUUUUGCAGUAUAUGGACAUGUUAUUAAUAGUAUUGUUUUCUAAAACCAUUUAUGAAGAAUUUAGCUUAUUAAUAUUUCACCUGUACAUACAUGUAUAUUGUAUAGUUUAUAGUUCUUAUCGCAGCAUAUCAGCUAUAAUUAUUUGCAUAUGUCUUUGCUUUUUAAUAGUGUUUCAUGCAGUUUUAUUUCUGUUUGUCUACAUAUAACGAAAAAAUUAAUCUUAUAAUUUCCGCAGCACCAAAUCAAGAGUAAGAGGAGAGAGAAUUUAACAAAAUAUUUUCCACAAUUAUGAGAAAUUACUUGUUUUUGUUUAUAACUUUGACAAUUAUUUGUUGGAACAUUUGCCCUGUCUGUAUAAUUGUGGAAAGCCAGUAACAACAUGAAUUGUAUCUGUAAGCUGUAUGCCCUGUCUCUUUGUAAACAUUGAUGCAUUCACUAGUGAAUGUCCUAUCAAGAAAUAGUUUUGACAUGCACGUUCUCGAUUAUCAACUAUGUCAUUACUGGUUUUCCAUAAUUUGGAAUAUUUGUAUCAGUCACACUCUUGUCUCUAAAGAAAUUGUGAUUUUGAUAAAUAGAAAUAAAAAAUCCCUAAAUAAAAAUGGAGCCUGAUGACAUCUAUAAAAAAAAAAGACAUAAAUUUUAUCAAAAUCAGAUGUGAAAUGUGAGUGAUUAGAUGUCAGUGAUGUCAGUACAGUGAGGAAAUAAAUUAUAGUGUUUCUUAUUUCAUAUUAUAAAGUACAAAAGAAAUAUAGAGUGGAGAUAUUAAGCAGGGCCCACUGGUAUAACAGUUUUCAGAACUCAGGUGGCUAUUCUGUGUAAAUAUGUUAUUAUUAUCAUUAUUACUAUUAUUAUUAUGAUGAUGAUUAUAAUUAUUGUAAACAUUAUUAUGAUUAUUAUGAUUAUUAUUUUUUUAUUAUUGUUAUCACUAUUAUUAUCUAUUUAUUUAUUUAUUAUUCACAUUUUCUUUAAAAGACAUUGGCUGUCAUCAGUUUCCUCAUCAAAUCUUUAUGUGCAUAUAAACUUUUUGUGAAGUUAUGCGAGUCAUAAUUUUCUUAUUUACAUCCCAUUUAGAUUAAAUUGUCAGCAUUUUGCUCAAUUGAUUUUUGCUUUACUUAAAUAGCUUUUUUGUUGGGAUGGACUUCGUCUAUAAGUGAAUUGGAAACUACAUGAUAUCGUAUAUCAAAAGUAAGUAUUAUUCAGAAAUAAAUGUACUGUACAUAUGUAUAUUAAAGAGUCAUCUCUGAAUGAG